AAAGUGGAAUAGUUCAACAGGAUAAAAUCUUAUUUUGGAUUAUUUUCUGGAUCAAAGUACAUAAGCAAUAUAGCAAGAUUUAGUUUCGGAGUCAAAUAACAUUUAUUCAGUGAGCAGAUCAGCAAAAAUGCCAAAAGAUCAGCAAAAAUAGUAGAAUCUAUACUCCCAUAAACCCUCAGAAAUCUUCUACAAUUGAAUUUAGAAAUGGCGAGGAAACGGAUUAUAGCCCUAACAUGGUUCAAGAAUUCUUUCCUGCCCUUUGCUCUGUAUAUUCUACUGCAUAAAUGCCAAUCAACAACAACUGACAUGGGAGACAGCCUUCCAGUAGGGACUUCCCUCGUCGGAAAUCAGACUUUGGUCUCGAAGAAUGGCACCUUUGCAUUGGGAUUUUUCAGUCCCCAAAAAACCAAUAACUGGUAUAUUGGCAUCUGGUAUGCCAAAGUGUCGGAGAAAACAUUUGUAUGGGUAGCUAACCGCGAAAAUCCUGUGAGAAACAUUCCCGGCGUUUUAAAUUUAUCAAGAGAUGGUUAUCUUCGACUGUUUGAUUUACGUGGACGAUUAAUUUGGUCGUCCGACAACAGCUUGAAGGCGUCCCGGGCAUCUUUGUUGGAAUCAGGUAAUUUGGUUUUGCUAAGAACACGGGCCGGGAAAGUUUGGGAAAGUUUCCAACAUCCGGUGGAUACAUGGCUGCCAGGGAUGAAGAUGCGGAAAGGAAUGAAACUCACUUCUUGGAAGAGCUCUUCUGAUCCGGCACCUGGGCCUUUCUAUUUACAAAUGGAUCCUUCACCAGCAAGCACUCAGUUUUCGGCGUUCUCUCACAACAGUGGUCCGUACUGGUCUAGCGGAGAGUGGAACGGAAAAUAUUUCGCAAAUAUGCCAGGAUUUGCCUCGGCAGGCUCCCAAGUUAAAAUAGUGUGUGUAACGCUUCCUCCUUCAAGAAUGUACUGCACAUAUACAACCAAGGGUAUGAUAAUGGAACACUCAAGUUUGAAAAAGAAUGGUGAACUUUGGGUGUACUAUAUGAUACAAAAUGGUGGGUGGAUGGUGGAUGCGUUCGGACCGACGGAUCAAUGCAUUGUUUAUGGUGUGUGUGGGGCUAACGCAGCAUGCAUUGACUAUACACAGCUGAAUGCUCAUGUCACAGGCAAUGCCAAUGACACGUGUACAUGUCUACAGGGGUUCAGGCCCCAAAACAGCCAUGCUUGGGAUUCUCAAGAGUGGUGGUUAAGUGGUUGUGUUCGGCGAAGUCCAUUGCAGUGCUCUCUCACAAAUUCUACCGACGGUUUUUUGGAAGUGAAGGACAAGCUUUUGGCCGACGAUGAAGCGGCUGCAUAUAGCAAGGAGCAAACUCUGAGUGGAUGCCAACUUGCCUGCCUCAACAACUGCUCGUGCAUGGCCUUUCGGCUCAGCAGCUCAUCUCCUCCUGUCUGUCGAUUGUGGUUUGGGGAUUUGAUGAAUGUGCACGAGUCCCCUGGCAUCCAGUCAUUCUAUCUCUGUUUGGCAGCUUCUGAGUUACAAGGUUCGACAACUAAGCCAAGAAAUAAAUCCUUUGGCCUUCACAUAUUGCUUCCUGGGGGCGCUGCGGGUCUUGUUCUUGUUCUUGUUCUUGUUCUGGUCGUGUUUAUUAUGUGGAAACGUGGAAGAAUGGCAAAGGAGGAUGACGUCCCCACAUCUCUUAGAGCAUUCACUUUCCGAAAGUUGCGAGUUGCAACUAAGAAUUUCAGGCAUAAGCUGGGAAAAGGAUCAUUCGGUUCGGUGUUCAAAGGUACUCUAGCAGACAAAACUCUCAUCGCUGUCAAAAGGUUAGAGGGUUUAGCAGGAACUGAAAAGCAAUUUCGUGCAGAAAUUAGUACCAUUGGUGAAAUACAACAUGUGAAUCUGGUCAGGCUGUUCGGAUUUUGUGCGGAGGAAUCUCGAAGGCUACUCGUUUAUGAGUACAUGCCCAACGGCUCUCUUGACUCCUUUCUGCUCCGUGGGAAAGAGGGAGAAGUGCAAGGGAAAUUAUUAAGUUGGAAAACCAGAUUUCAGAUAGCGUUGGGCACUGCGCGAGGACUAGCUUAUCUUCACGAUGAAUGUAGGGAUUGCAUCAUUCACUGUGAUAUUAAGCCAGAAAACAUUCUCCUUGAUGCCGAUUUUUGUCCCAAGGUAGCUGAUUUUGGUCUGGCAAAGUUAUUAGGUAGAAAUUUCAGCCGCGUCCUGACUACCACGAGAGGAACGAUAGGUUAUUUGGCUCCAGAGUGGAUCUCCGGUAUUCCCAUCACUCCCAAGGCGGACGUGUAUAGUUUUGGCAUGACAUUGCUGGAGAUUAUAGCAGGACGAAGGAAUGUGGACCUCACUGUGCCCCAGCCUAGCUGCUAUUACUUCCCUCCCUGGGCUGCCGAUCAAUUCCACAAAGGAAACCUGAUGGCUAUUGUUGAUGGAAGGAUAUCAGGUGAGGCAGAUGCUGAAGAGGUGAGAAGGGCUGUUACAGCGAGCAUAUUAUGCAUUCAAAGAGAUGAAAUGGUUAGGCCAACAAUGGCUCAAGUCGUGCAAUUACUCCAAGGGACAGUGGAGACCAGCGCACCUCAAUUUCAGCAGUCUGUCGAUAGACUUCAAGAUCACCCUUCAUGCAAGCAAGAUGGCCUUCAGGGCACGAUCCCAGCCUCAUUUCUUAUGAUGUCGGAGCCUUGCACUUAGCAAGACUUGAUCCCUAGUGGGCUCAUUUAGAGCCUUUCAACUUCACUAGUACAACAAGGGCCCAUUGACGAUUACAAAUUUUAAAUUUUAACAAUAUUUAUUAAAGUAGGUUAGCUUUCAAUUAGGGAGUUGUU